AUGAGUGGGGGCCGCUUUGACUUUGACGAUGGCGGGGCGUACUGUGGGGGCUGGGAGGGAGGGAAGGCGCACGGGCACGGGCUAUGCACCGGCCCCAAGGGCCAGGGUGAAUACUCGGGCUCCUGGAAUUUUGGCUUUGAAGUGGCAGGAGUCUACACCUGGCCCAGCGGGAAUACCUUUGAGGGAUACUGGAGCCAGGGCAAGAGGCAUGGGCUUGGCAUAGAGACCAAGGGGCGCUGGCUCUACAAGGGAGAGUGGACACAUGGCUUCAAGGGGCGCUACGGAAUCCGGCAGAGCACGAGCAGCGGUGCCAAGUACGAGGGCACUUGGAACAACGGCCUACAGGACGGCUACGGCACGGAGACCUACGCCGAUGGAGGGACCUACCAAGGCCAGUUCACCAACGGCAUGCGGCAUGGCUACGGCGUGCGCCAAAGCGUGCCCUACGGGAUGGCAGUGGUGGUGCGCUCCCCGCUGCGCACGUCGCUGUCCUCCCUGCGCAGCGAGCACAGCAAUGGCACGGUGGCCCCGGACUCGCCCGCGGCCGACGGACCCACGCUGCCCUUGCCCCCGGUGCCACGCGGUGGCUUCGCGCUCAGCCUGCUGGCCACCGCCGAGGCUGCGCGUCCGGCCGGGCUGUUCACGCGUGGCGCCCUUCUGGGUCGGCUGCGGCGCUCAGAGUCACGCACGUCGCUGGGCAGCCAGCGCAGCCGCCUGAGCUUCCUUAAGAGCGAGCUGAGCUCAGGCGCCAGCGAUGCCGCCUCCACCGGCAGCCUGGCUGAGGGCGCUGAGGGCCCCGAAGACGCGGCCGCGCCCUUCGACGCCGACAUCGACGCCACCACUACCGAGACCUACAUGGGCGAGUGGAAGAACGACAGGCGCUCGGGUUUCGGCGUGAGCGAGCGCUCCAGCGGCCUGCGCUACGAGGGCGAGUGGCUGGACAACCUGCGCCAUGGCUACGGCCGCACCACGCUGCCCGAUGGCCACCGGGAGGAGGGCAAGUACCGCCACAACGUGCUGGUCAAGGGCACCAAGCGCCGCGUGCUGCAGCUCAAGAGCAACAAGGUCCGCCAGAAGGUAGAGCACGGUGUCGAGGGCGCGCAGCGCGCAGCAGCCAUUGCGCGCCAGAAGGCUGAGAUCGCCGCCUCCAGGACAAGCCAUGCCAAAGCCAAGGCCGAGGCAGCAGAACAGGCUGCCCUGGCUGCCAACCAGGAGUCCAACAUUGCCCGCACGUUGGCCAAGGAGCUGGCUCCAGACUUCUACCAACCAGGUCCGGAGUACCAGAAGCGUCGGCUGCUCCAGGAGAUCCUGGAGAACUCGGAGAGCCUGCUGGAGCCCCCGGAGCGGGGCCCGGGCCCGGGCCUCCCGGAGCGGCCCCGAGAAAGCCCGCAACUUCAUGAGCGGGAGACCCCGCAGCCCGAGGGCGGUCCCCCGUCUCCGGCCGGGACGCCCCCGCAACCCAAGAGGCCCCGGCCCGGAACGUCGAAGGACGGCCUGCUGAGUCCGGGCGCCUGGAACGGCGAGCCUGGCGGAGAGGGCAGCCGGCCCGCCACGCCGUCCGAUGGCGCCGGCCGUCGCAGCCCCGCGCGCCCCGCCUCGGAGCACAUGGCCAUCGAGGCGCUGCAGCCGCCGCCUGCGCCCCCGCGGGAGCCCGAAGUGGCACUGUACAGCGGGUACCACAGCUACGCCGUGCGCACCGGGCCACCUGCGCUCCCGCCCCUGGAGGACGAGCCCGAGCCUGAGGUCCCCGGGUCUGACUCGGCUCCUCCGUCCCCCGUCUCGGCCACCACCCCAGAGGAGCAGCCCCCCGGGCCUCGAAGUCCCGUGUCCGCCACGCCCACCACGCCAGCCACUCUGGAGCCCAAGCCCAUCGUCCCCAAAGCCGAGCCCAAGGCCAAGGCGCGCAAGACAGAGGCCCGGGGGCUGAGCAAGGCCAAGAAGAAAGGCCGGAAGGAGGUGGCUCUGGCGGCCGAGGCCGAGGUGGAGGUGGAGGAGGUGCCCAACACUGUCCUCAUCUGUAUGGUGAUCCUUCUGAACAUCGGUCUGGCUAUCCUGUUCGUUCACCUCCUGACUUGACCCUCGUCUGACAGAGCCAGUUCCACUGAGGAUGCCAGGACCUGCCUUUCUUCAAUGCCAAGCAGGUGUCCCAGGGGGACUGUACUGUGGACCUGAAGCCUUGCUCACAUCCACUCCAUGGACGUUUAAGGAGGCCUCCUGUGAGCCCAUGCUGGGUGCUGGGGUGCCAGAGGAAGAGAAUGUCUAGGCACCCUCCAGGGCAAAGGAUGUCCUGAGGGAAGAGCCCUGGUCUCCUGAGCCCCUUGACCUUUUCCUGUACCUGACCUCGGUCCUGUCUCACCUUGCCCUGUCUCCCUCCCCUGGGCUUUUGUGUGUUUUGAGAGAUGUCACCUAAGCAAGAUACAUAUCUCUCCCUCUUCCUCCCACCCUAUCCCCAACCCAGUCCUCUGGCCGAUGGCUGAAGGCCACCCAGGAAAUCGAGGGGUGCAGAAGUCCCUUGGGUAGUGAAGGGGUGAAGACUCUUGGGUAGUGCAGUCCUUCCCAGCCCAUGAUGCUCCAGAGUUCACAGGGUUCUAGGCGGGGGGAGGGCAGUGUAGGAAAUGGAGAAGCCAGUUGAGUAUACCAGCAUGUAAUAGUCUGUAUCCUCCCACCAGUCCAGUUGGCAUCCCCUAGGACCAGUAGCAGGGGAGACCUGAGCAUCUGAGCCUUUGGCUGGGAAGCCACCUACAGGGGUCUGGGAUUGGGUGCUAUGAAAGAAGGCAAGGCAUGUUAGUGAUGGCCCCUGAUUUUGAGUGUGCCCGAGCCUGAGCCUGGGGUUCAUUUUAGAUCACUGCUGUGCCCUGGGUCAUUUUGUAGGAGCCCUGGCCCUGAGAGCUACAGCUACGAAUUGGCUUAUCCCUGUCCCCCACCGAGGCCACUGUGGAAUCAGGGGAGCAUGGCCCAGAAGCCUGUGGAAGUCAAAAGGGGCCACAUCCCUGGUGCAGGUUCUCUAGCAGAGGCAGGAGACAAACAUCAUGCAAGAAGACGGGAGGAAGUCCGGGCUUCAAAGGGUGCAGCCUUUGCAGUAAUGAAUCGUGCUUGGCAGACAGUUUGCUUGCAUGCACUCACUUAAAGAAGUUUGCACCACACUGAGUCUGGGCCCUCGGGCUUGGGAGCAGUUUGGCAGCCCAGGACUAGUGGGUCCCUAUUCCCGGGAGGGUGCAAAGGGUUUCUAGGCCCCUCAAGUUUAGGGAAGAUGAAGCAAUGGCAUCCAAGCUGAGUCGGAGGAAGCUGCUGAUACUCUAGACUCCAUUUCUUUGGGCUCUUGGAUUUGGGCCUGGAAGCCAGACCUCCUCCCAGAGCAGCCUUUGACGUGGAUAUUGGAGGUCAUCUUCCUUUUCUUCUCAGUCUAUGGGCACCUUCUCCUCCAGCGUCCCGGCACGGCUGGGGCUCGGUUACUUGGUUGGAAUGGCUUUUCUACUGAGAGGAGCCUGCAGAUGUUCCUGUGCUGGCCAGUGUGGGCAGGACUUUGCUUCUGGUUGGGUUUUCCUGGAUUCUAGGGAAUGAGGGGGGUGGGUGAAGGUUACUCAGGAGUGUCAGGCCCUACGCCUUGGUUUGGAGGUCAUUGCUUUACUCUGGGUCCGGUCCAGCCCUCAGGACAAGCUUGUGACUGUCAGAGCUAUCAGGGCUGUUUUAGGGUAUAUGGGAUGAGGGGUUAGGGUUCAGGAUGCUACUUCUGUGCCAAAAUAAAUCUGCAUCU